AUGCAAUCAGAUAUUCUUUCUCUUUCAUUAGAUUUUACUGAUAUUAAUAUGGUGGCAGUAACAAGAAAGCGAACAAUAUUAAAUAAUCCAAUUGCAAACAUGCGAGAAACAAGAAGUAUGACGAAAAAGAAAGAAAAUGUUAAAAAGUCAAAUAAAUCCACAACACUUUUAACAACAAAAUUAGGCAAAAAUAGUAAACAAGUGGCAAAAAAAGGAAUAAAAUUGAUAGAACGAAAGAAAUUGAAUAAAGUAGUAAAAAAUGAAUUAUUUACUGACAAUGUUCAUUAUUUAGUUCAAAAUAAAUCAAAUAAAGAUGGUCCAUUUUUAAUAUCAAAAACCGCUUAUUAUUGGACAAAAAAAUAUUUAGAACAAAUGAAUCGUCGAUGUCAAUCAUCGUAUGGUUUAUAUAUGUUUAGUGAUUUUGAUGGAUUCGGACAAGUAGAAGUUAUUGAAAAUUUUUUACGUGAUUUAAAUGAUCUAUUUUAUAUAUUUUCGUGGUCUCCACAUCGAGAGAAGAAAAAAAAUGUCAAUUAUAUUUUGUGUUUUAGACGUUUGGAAUCAUUAAAUAUUUUACUCGAACAUUCCGAUGAAAUAUCGAUGAUUAAUGAUUGUGAUCAUUAUUCUGCUCUAUUACGUUUAAUUGGAUCAAUCUGGAUAACAACAUUGAGAAAUAUAUUAUCAAAAUCAUUUUUUGUUUUGCAAGGAACUAAUAAUAAUCAAUUAAAUAAAGAAGAUAUGAAAUUAUUAAAAUUAACAAAACGUCGAUUGCCAAAUUUUGAACUGGUUCUUGAACGUGCUAUAAAAAUAAGUCACAUAUUGAAUACGAUUGGUGAUGCAUGUACAACAUAUCCAAAAAUAUUAUCAACGAUCUAUCAGAAUUGGUUACAUAUUAUGGAAAAUAAACAAAUUUUAAUGAAAAAACAGGCUAAAAGAAAGAAGAAAGAAACAGCAGAGAUUGCCAAUGUUCUGAAUGAUAUUGAAUUAAAUACAGACUAUACCACUGUCGAAUUCGAACAUUUUGAUUUUAUUUUACAAUUUGAGUGGUAUUGUAAACAACAAGAGGGCAUCGGUGGAGAUAAUUACAACAUAUCGAAAUGGUCAAGAGAACAAAAGAGAUCUCGAUGGGGUCUUAGGUUAGAUCAUGUAUAA